CUUUAAACGUCUAGCAGUCGAGUGCUCGGUCUUGUAAGUUACCAGUAGUAACACUGACGAAGUGUACGAAGAUUAACAACGAGUAGAAGGUUGUAUAGGUUAGAGUGAAUCGUGCAGUUGCGACAAUUAUAACAAAAUGCAGGCGAACACAACUAUGAGAGCCUUACUCUCACCACAUACUUUCUACAAAUUUAUAUCAGCAGCUGGAUUGAAGUCUUUCGCACCUCCAGCUACUUUCAAUGAUGUCGACUAUCCUUCGCGUCACAAGCUUAGAAUUGUGACCAAAGUACCCAUAUAUCCACCAACCAUUCAUGUGUUCACGAUGCAAAAAUGUUUGAGAUUAAUGCGUGGUCCUGAAUUACUACAUAAUACUCUUCUACAUAAGCAGUAUGGCAUAAUUGCAACUCAAGGAGGCAGAAUGAAACACUGUCAUUUUGAAGUGAUACGACAUACAUUAUUAAAGAAAAUGGAUUUUACAACUGGAUUUGCAAUUUGGCGAGUCCAGGAUCCUUGGCAGCCAAUUAGUAAAAAGAGCCUGGGCGUACGUAUGGGAGGUGGCAAAGCUUCCAUUAACCAUUAUGUAAGCCCAGUAAAAGCAGAUCAAGUUAUCGUCGAAGUUGGAGGACCGUUUGAAUAUUUUGAGAUCAAAAGAGCAUUGACGGACAUCGCUAACAAGUUACCAUUCCGUGCUAUACCAGUUAGUCAAGAGAUACUGGACGAAAUAUCAGAAAAAAAGAAGAAAUUGAAAGAGGAAAAUCAAAAUCCUUGGACGUGGAAGUACUUAAUUCAAAACAAUAUGCUUGGUUGCCACAAUUGGAUAUCGAAAUACGACAGACGGUGGUUUAACGAAUAUUUGUAAACUUUAGGCCAUACAAUUUGUAAAUAAAUAAGAAUCAAACAAUGUUCGAGAUUAGAGUUGUAAUCUG